GAAUGACUAAUGAUUAACAUGUAAGUAACCUCCCAACCGGGCAGGUACAAAGCGUGACAUUGAUCACUAACCCCUCCCCUGCGGGCCUGUUCAUUCGUAAAGUUUUAUCAACUCUUUACUCAUUUCUACUCGGCAAUUAAAGACUCCGGCAGUCAAAUGCCGUCGGAAGACUAAAUCCGGUGACCUCCCAACGAUUCUCUCUUCGCUUGCAGGAUGGGAAAUGAUACCAAGGUUAGUCGUAAAGGUAAGGAUGAGGAAAGUAAUGAUAUAAAAGGGAGAAACAUUGGUAACAGAUCAUCAAGCAGUUUGGGUGCUGCUAAUGAUUGGUCUAAGAAAGUCAGCUAGAGAAACAUCAUUCAAGAAAAACUUGACUCCAAGCCCUUCAAGUAGUAGAAAGUCUGAACGUAUCGAGAAGCAGACCCCCCCUACAAUUCCUCCUGUUACGAGGAAAUCUGAGAGAUUGGUUGAGAAACAUAGUUUACCGACUCCUUCUAGAAGGCCUGAGAAGGGUAAGAAUCAGUCGUCAUCUAGUUCUUCUGGUUCAAUGAAGUGUGGUAAAAGCUCGGGCUCUUUAAUUAUGAAGGAAAAGCACAAGAAAGAGAAGAGCGUGAAACAACUUGAAACUCAAGAAGUUGGAAACAGUGACAAACCUGUUAUCAAAACUGUCCUGGUUGGAAUUAAGAGAAUGGAUGCUCGUUCUUACAGGGAACUGUUCAAACAGAAACAAAAGAAAGUUAAACUGGAAGGUAGCCAAGAUCUGAUAGUAAAUAGGAUACCUGGGGGUUGAUACUGAGGUGAAGAGUUGUUGCAAGUGAUGUCUUCUAAACAAAAAAGAAGUAUUGACGACUUGAAUUUUGAUGCUACGGAAAUGGUUUCAAAUGAAGAUGGCGAUGCAGCUCCAUAUGAGCGCAGCAGAACUGAUUCUGUGGAUUCAUGUUCCGAAAGGAAAAGGUUAAAGAAGCGCAAUAAAGUGUCCAACAAUAACACUUAUUCGCCUUCUCUGAAAGCUGCUUUAAUAGGAACUUCUGGAGCUCCAGUGCAUAAGAUGUGUAAAGUCAUGCCAAGUUCAAGUGGCCUUCUUAACACAACUGAUGCGAAUCACGUUUCUAACUUCUCACAUUUGACUAGUAAAUUAUCACAAGUACUGAAAGCCGACAUGGUUGGGUAUAAUGGAGGAAGGAACUUGCAUGAUGAUUCUGAGAAGAGUCUCCAUCUUUUUUUGAAGCCUAUUCUUAUCCCCCUCGGGCACUUAGAGAUAAGUUACGUGAAUAUUUAGAAAUAUGGUAAUUUA